CGAAUCCGUCAUUACAAAUUCAAUGUGGUGAUGAAGAAUACGACAAGAUUGUGUGCAAGUAAGCCUAUUGUCACAGUUAACGGUCGUUUCCCAGGUCCAACUAUAGUUGCCAGGGAAGACGACACGGUAACAAUCAAAGUGGUCAAUCAUAUCCAAUACAAUGUUAGUAUCCAUUGGCACGGGGUAAAACAACUAAGGACCGGUUGGGCCGAUGGUCCGGCUUACAUAACACAAUGCCCGAUUCAGCCGAAAGGAACCUAUGUGUAUAAGUUCACACUAACCGGGCAAAGGGGAACCCUUUGGUGGCAUGCACACAUCUUAUGGCUAAGAGCCACAGCCCAUGGUGCCAUUGUCAUCUUGCCAAAGCUUGGGGUGCCUUACCCCCACCCAAAGCCUCAUAAGGAAGUUGUGGUUGUAUUGGGAGAAUGGUGGAAAUCGGAUACUGAAUCGGUGAUCAACCAAGCGCAAAAACUCGGCCAAGCACCAAAUGUCUCGGAUGCUCACACGAUCAACGGCCAUCCUGGGCCUACCUUGAAUUGUAUCGCAAACGGUGGGUUUAAAGUACCAGUCGAUCAAGGAAAGACAUACAUGUUAAGAAUCAUCAAUGCUGCACUCAACGAAGAGCUGUUCUUCAGGAUCGCAGGCCAUAACCUCACGGUCGUUGAGGUGGAUGCGAGCUACGUCAAACCGUUUGUAACCGACACCAUUCUAAUUGCUCCAGGACAAUCCACGAAUGCACUCGUGACAGCGACUCAGACCGCCGGCAAGUACUUGGUUGCGGUUUCUCCGUUUAUGGAUGCACCCAUCGCAGUCGAUAACGUGACUGCCACCGCCUCCUUGCAUUACUCUGGUACAGUUUCUUCUGCCGCCACCAAACUGAUCGCGCCACCACCUCAAAACGCAACUCCUGUGGCUAACAGUUUUAUAAACUCCCUUAGAAGCUUGAAUUCCGCAACGUACCCCGCCAACGUCCCGUUGACGAUCGACCAUUCCUUAUUUUUCACGGUUGGCCUUGGAGUCAACCCUUGUUCAACUUGCGUUAACGGUAGCAAGGUCGUAGCCAAUAUAAACAAUAUCACGUUUACGAUGCCCAAAACCGCACUUUUACAAGCAAAUUACUUCAACAUAAGCGGGGUUUUCACCGACGACUUCCCUAGCAACCCGUUGAUGCCAUAUAACUACACGGGCACACAACCAACGAAUCUCGGAACAACAACAGGUACAAAGCUAUACCGACUUCCAUACAACGCCACCGUACAACUUGUUUUGCAAGACACGGGGAUGAUUACCCCCGAAACCCAUCCGCUUCAUUUGCAUGGCUUCAACUUUUUCGUCGUUGGAAGGGGGUUCGGUAAUUUCAACCCCGUUACCGACCCUAAGAACUUCAACCUCGUCGACCCUGUCGAAAGGAACACCGUCGGUGUCCCCGGGGGCGGUUGGACCGCUAUCAGGUUCAGAGCCGACAAUCCAGGAGUAUGGUUUAUGCAUUGUCAUCUGGAAGUGCAUACAACUUGGGGGCUGAAAAUGGCAUUUGUUGUGGACAAUGGGAAAGGCCCAAACGAGUCUAUUCAGCCACCUCCUAGUGAUCUUCCCAAGUGUUAGAAGAGUCUAUUCAGCCAUUUACCAAAAGGGUUCUUUUGGGCAGCCAAAGUGAAGUUGCUGAAGGAUGAAUAUUAAGGGGACACUUUGUCUUAAUUAUUUUUCUCUUCUGAAGUUGAGUGAUUCUGAAUUUUUAAUUGUGCAAGGAAUAUGUAGAAAGUAAUAAUCAACAAGUUUUGAAAUUACUGCUAAAACUCAACGGUUGUUUUUUCAUUAAGUCUUGUAUAAAUAAAAGUAUCUGUAUGGAUUAAUCUAUGUGUAUGGAUUGGCAAGUUUUUUUUAA